AUGAAGAGUGCCGUGGAUGAGGUGGUGGACGGCGGGGCCAAGAAGCCGGUCAUCCUCACCAAAGAGGAGCGCCAAAAACUCGCCCUCCAACGCCGCCAGGAAGAAGCCACUGCUCAGCAGAAACGGCGCGCCGAGAUGCUUCUCCAACAACAAACACCCGCUGCUAACAACAGUCGCAGGGCCCGCGACCGCGAUUCUGAGCGCCGGAACCAUGACCGAGAACGCGAGGACGAACACAAGGCCCGGAAGCGUGCUCGCCUGGAGAAAUUAGAUGAGAAACAACGCGAGAUUGAUCUUACCGCCAUAAAGGAACAGUAUAUGGGGUCUGAGAAGCCCAAAAAGAGGGUGAUUAAGCCGAGCGAGAAGUUCCGAUUCUCGUUUGACUGGGAAAACACCGAGGACACCUCCCGCAACAUGAAAUCCUUGUACCAAAACCCCCACAAGGCGAGUCUCCUAUUUGACAUUAAGGUCGAUCGACACUGGUCGGACAAGAAGCUGGAGGAGAUGACCGAUAGGGAUUGGAGGAUUUUCAGGGAAGAUUUCAACAUCUCUUACGAGGGCUCUAAGAUCCCUCGCCCCAUGAGGAACUGGGCUGAGAGCAAGUUGAGCGCUGAGUUGCUGAGGGCGGUUAACAGGGCAGGAUACAAGUCUCCUUCCCCGAUUCAGAUGGCCGCCAUUCCUCUUGGCCUUGAGCAGCGAAACGUGAUUGGCGUUUCCGAGACAGGAUCAGGUAAAACGGCCGCCUUUGUUCUUCCUAUGCUGACUUACAUAACUAGACUUCCCCCUAUAAGCGAGGAGAAUGGGCCCUACGCAGUUGUCAUGGCACCCACCAGAGAGCUUGCUCUGCAGAUUGAGGACGAGACCACCAAAUUCGCUCACUACAUGGGGAUUAAAGUGGUUUCUAUUGUUGGCGGGCAGUCCAUAGCAAAACAAGGGUUUAAGCUUAGGCAGGGAUGUGAGGUUGUGAUUGCUACUCCUGGGCGCCUUCUCGAUUGCCUGGAGAGAAGAUAUGUUGUUCUGAACCAGUGUAAAUAUGUUGUUCUUGACGAGGCUGAUCGAAUGAUUGACAUGGGUUUCGAACCUCAAGUGGUGGGUGUAUUGGAUGCGAUUCCUUUGAGAGAGGAUGAACACAGAACAACUUACAUGUUCAGUGCUACAAUGCCACCUGGCGUUAAGCGGCUCGCGAGGAAGUACUUGAGGAAUCAAGUUGUGGUCAAUAUCGGUACUGCAGGGAAGGCGACUGAUCUCGUCAGUCAAAACGUGAUUAUGACACGCGAGAAUGAGAAAAUGGAUAUGUUGAAGAAACUGUUGGACAAGCUCGGUGGCGACGAGACAGCUAUCGUGUUUGUUAACACGAAGAAAGCUGCCAAUAAUGUCGCGAAAGCUUUGGAUAAAGAGGGUUACUACAGGUUAACCACAUUGCACGGAGGGAAGUCGCAGGAACAAAGAGGAAUAAGCCUUGAAGGUUUUAGGACAAAGAGAUACAAUGUACUGGUUGCAACAGAUGUAGCUGGACGUGGUAUCGAUAUAGCUGAUGUGGCGCACGUCAUAAACCAUGACAUGCCGAACAGCAUUGAAGCGUAUACUCAUCGUAUUGGAAGAACUGGUCGUGCUGGGAAGACUGGUGUAGCUACAACAUUCUUGACUCUGCAUGACACUCGAGUCUUUUAUGAUCUCAAGCAAAUGCUGAUUCAGAGCAAUAGUCCUGUCCCUCCAGAGCUUGCGAGGCACGAGGCCUCAAAGUUUAAACCGGGCUCCAUUCCUAAUAGACCUCCCAGAUGA